CAACGGUGUCCAACGUGUCGAACAUUGUGAACCUUUCUAUUCAGUGACACUCUUCACACCACCCUCAACUAGUCACCUUCACCGAAGAUUAAACUGUACAUGAUGUCUGCCACUUGGGCGACCUCAAGCCAACCAACUAUGCCUCCUGCACAGGCCAUGACUUACGCCAUUGCCGGAUGCUCGGAGCACAGCGGGAACUACGUUCCGGAAAACAUACUAGUGGACACGCCGCAGGACCCGACAAGUAGAUGGAGCGGCGCGCAGCAAUUGCCCACAGCGAAGCAAUGGAUUAUGCUGAAGUUAGAAACGCUCAGUGUUAUCAAGAGCAUAACAUUUGGAAAGUUUCACAGGAAACAUCCAUGCAACAUGAGGGAGUUCAGGGUCUACGUAGGCCUGAAUCCGCACCAUAUGGUCCAGGCGCUGCACACUCAGCUCAAGGACGAUACCGUAUACGAAACGUUUCCUUUGAAACAUGUGAAUAGCGAGGGUAUCUACUUUCCGACGCGGUUCAUCAAGAUCGUACCAGUUUCAGCGCAUGGGAUGAGCUUUCAUAUUUCGAUCUGGUAUGUCUCUAUUUCAGGCACAGCCGAUCCUUUAUACAUCGACAACAUCCGCUCGCGAUACGAGGAGUACCGAGAAACCGUAGUGCUCCGCCACGUACUUAAGCAUUUGAGGCAGCGGAGAUUGUUGACACCCUAUCAAAACAUAUUGGCGCGCUCGAACAUCCAGGUCGAGCACCCCAUUGUGACAGCCCUGCACUCGAGCCUUGUUCUCCAAGGGAAUUGGACCGAUUCCGAGACCCGUCUCUUGGAAGCAUCUUCAGCCGGCCUUCUGGAUGCUUAUAUUCAAUUCUGUCAACCACACUCGCAGUGGAAACGUCUUCAUGGCGUGGACGCGGACGGCGAUGCACCGAGCAAACGCGGUGGCCACGCAAUGGCACUCGACCCCGAAAAUGGUCUAAUCUAUCUCCUCGGAGGCUGGGACGGGCAGAAAAGCCUAGACGAUUUCUGGGUGUACGACGUGACUGCUGAGCGAUGGCGUGUGAUAAGCCAUAGCACGUCUGCCGAGAAGAACGGGCCCAUCGCUAGGUCGUGUCAUAAGAUGGUAUAUGACACGAAGUCGGGGUGCAUCUAUCUCUUGGGUCGACUUGGCGAUGGGGAUAUUCUGAAGCCGGAAGAACAUCAGGAACUGUUAAGAAGAGCGGGUGAGAUACCGGAUGGGUCGAGGUCCACUCCGUACUGCUCGGAAUUUUUCCGAUAUCAUACGCGAGGACUGGAUGUUGGGAAAUGGGAUCUGUUGUCGUUUGAUACGGCGGCCUCCGGUGGCCCACCACUCAUCUUCGACCAUCAAAUGGUGAUGGACUGCGAGGCGCAAAUCUUGUACGUUUCUGGGGGCCGAGUGGUCGAUGGGGAUUGGGAUUCGCCAAAGUACUCUGGCAUGUAUAGCUACAACGUCCGCACGAGCAAAUGGAAACUCCUACAACCCCAACCUGCAUUGUCAAUGUCAUCAUCGGUGCAGCCGCCUAUCUCACCCCGCUUUGGCCAUUCGAUGGUUCUUGACACAAUGUCGCACACCCUUUUUAUUUUCGCAGGGCAGCGCGAUGAUAAGUAUCUGUCCGACAUGUACGCCUACGACAUCGCGAGCAACACAGUCACGGAAUUGUUCAGCAAUUUCAGCACAAGUGGGGGACCCGAUGCAUGUUUCACUCAGCGGGCGAUCAUUGACGGACGGUUGAAGGAGAUUUAUGUAUUCUGUGGUUUGACUCGUGCGCAGCCCGCCUCUGCGCUUACUAGCUUACGCGCCGACACGCCGAAUUGGGUGUAUCAGUACACGCACCCUUCCAAGCCUGGAAAGUGGACGAAAAUAUUGCCUGAACCGAUACAGGAGGGCGGGGAGCCUGUUGAAGUUCCUCUUCCGCGAUAUGCGCAUCAAGUGGUAUACGAUGAGGGGAAGAAACGCGUGUUUAUGCAUGGCGGAAAUGCGGGGGAGGUGAGUGCACCGGCGGAGGAUGUUGAGCCGGAAGUAGAGGCAAGUGGCGAUGAGGAGCGUCCUAGGAGUGGUGAAGAGGAUCGUCCGAGCAGGGUGUUGAAGGAGACGAGGCUGGAUGACUUUUGGACUAUGAAGCUAUUGAGAGCUGCACAUGAGGAAAUUAUCAGGCGAGCAAAGUACCAGAUUCGACAACAGCAGUUCCGAGAGAUGUGCGAAGAGCAACCCGCAGUAAAAGCGCUGCGCUUUCUACAAACUGAAGUAUCUGCGGUGGUGGACCACAAAAGCCCCGAGGAGACGAGCGUUUUCAGAGCACUCCUAGGACAUCUCUUCUCGACUCCGAUUACAACGGAUGACAGCUCCACUGAGUCUACAGGCACACCCAAAGACGAUACCCUUGAAGAGCCGCCCAAAAAACGUUCGCGCCCAAACACGCCCGAUGAGGCUUGGACGAGUCGACUAGAUGAUGAAGAUGACGACGAGAUGCCUGGCGCAAGUACAUCAGCCACUGUCGCUUCUAGUGGCCAGAAGCGGCGGUACGCACUCCUUUCGAUGGAAGAAGAUCCCGAAGAGACCGCAUUACGGGAUGCUUCGACGAAGCCGCUCUCGCCCGAGCGGUUUAGGCAGCGCACGGAGGUGUUUGAGAGUUUGUUGCAAUUUGUGGGGGAAGAUGGGAAGCAGCCUAUGGGAUCGCUUUUGGAUAUGGUUGAUGCGGAGGAUGGGAUAUGAGGUUGGUGGUGUGUGAUUGACAUUUUUGUUUUGUUUUGUUGUCGGUUUGAAGUUAUUUGAGGCGUAUGUUGUUUUUGAUAGGUUUGUUGUGGAGGCCGCAUACACUUGGCAUAUUAUCAAAAUUAUUGGGCUUGAACCUCGAGAUGAAAA